AUGUUGGGAGACAAGAAGAAGUCGACCCAUCGGCUUUCGGGCCUGUUCUCGAAAUCGACCUCGGAGACUGAUUCGACCACCACCAAAUCGACGACAUCGUCGGAUUCGACCGGCCGGCUUACGAAAGUGCGGAACCGACUGUCUUCGGCCACCCACCUCGCACCAGAAUAUCCUGCACCAGCGUCUCCGCAAGCUCCGCGUCAUUCGUCUCUCCAGAAUCCCACUAUUCAGCCAGUCGACUCCUCAGAUUUCGCAGCAGCCUUCGCGCCUCUUGAGCCCCCUCCACCUCUUACAGUCCCCGGCGGAUCUCGUAAUGCAUCGCCUUCAGGGAGAGGGAGUCGGCCAGGCACGCCGGGCGGGGACUCUUCUGCUGGCGAGGGCAAUCUGAAAAAGCUGAGGCGGAAAAGCAGAUUAUUUGGUGGCAGCCAGGCGGACUUGGUAGGAGGCGCAACGGCAGCGUCCGACCAGCCGCUCGCUUGGAUCGUGGGCCAUAAGGGCAAAGUGCCAUACAACCUGGCCAUGUUGCUGAGCGGAGAAAAGGUACCCGAACUUUGGGAUGAACAAGGCGACACCCUAGUCUACCUCUUUCCGCGCACGUCGAACAAGGGCCCCUCCUUCCGCAUCGACUCCUCCGUAUACGCCACAUCGCGACUGCUCACCCAGCUCGUCCACGGCAGCCUAUAUUCUGAUGCUGGUGUAGCGAGCCCACAGGAAUCGACGCCAUCAUCGCGGCGCGUUUCGCGUGAGGUGUACGGGCAGUCCCGGCCAGCAUCUCCCGACCAGAGCCUCGUCGGAAGCUCCGACGACUCGAAAGGCUCGAGGGUGCUAAGCGACGCAACCGAGGAUGACCACUCGGAGAAGCACAUGUAUGUGCCCAUCGCACUCAGCUCAGAUAGCGCUUUCACUCCCCAGCACGAGCUGCACCUGAGCCCCAAGGACAUCGACAUCCUUGUUACAUAUCGCAACUUUUUCGCCUUCCUCAUCGGACAAUCGCUCGUGGCUACCCAGCGGCACUCGGACAUCUUCGACAUCUUCCUUCGCAUCAGCGAUAUACUUCAGCACUACGCAUUUUCAAAUGUUGACGGUUCGAGCUAUGGCGAAGUCGCAGCUUCGAGCUUUGAUUGCUACGUCGAGGAGCUAAACUUGGCCGACGUGCGGCAUAGCCGGGAGAAGACUAUUGAGGCCAUCGUGCUUGGCGAGAAGAUGCGAUCCAUGGCGCUCUACACCGAAGGCUUUGUGCACGCGUCUGGCAAACUCGAGAGCGUCAAGAACCUGCAGUCGCCCAAGUUUGAGAUGAUCAGCCACAAGACCGCGACCAGACUUGCAAGAGCCGCGAUGGAUCUGGAAAACCGCGAAGCUACUAUCAACUUGAAACUGAAGGACUUUGAGUUUCCCGCUAUCUUUUCUGGCAUCAUGAAUAGCGCCAUGGCCGAGGAGGGAAAGACGAUGAACUUCAAGAAGUGGCGAGUUGCGUUCAACAACGCUAGGACUUUUACCAUCGACUAUUACAAGACGAAGUACGGUUCGUGGCUGCCAAAGGCGAAGUCAAAGAAGAAUGAUCUCACGACAAGCGGUCUCAAUCGGCUGGUGCUUCUCGACAUCUACCGUGACAUGUCCAGCCUAUACGACCUUCUUGUAGACCGUGCCAACCUCACAAAUCGUACUGCAGAUGGCUUCAUAGCUGAGGACGAAGGCACGACCUAUGAGGAUAUUGUGCGCCGAGCAAUGCGGAAAGUUCUCAGCGAGUACGACCGUAGCACGCCACCUGUGCAACCACCGAUUCCAUUCGACCUACCAAUCUAUCCUACGUCUGAAAACACACGCACCGGCGAUGCGAAGAAGGAUGCAAAAGCUCGGGCUAAGAAGCUGUCGAAGGAUCAGGUGCUGAAGUUCUUGAAGGGUUCCCACAAUAUCGACGCGGAGCAGCAAACACCAUUCUUGGAAGCAUUCCGGCAUUUCGAGUACAAACAGGCCUCUGGUGCCAACAUGGAUGACUUGUGGGACCUGCGCAGCGGCCAAUGGCUCUUCCUCUACGCCGUCAUUCAGUCGCUACCAAUGUUGGUCAUCGACGCUCCUGGAGUUCGAUACACCCAGGGCGUCGAAUAUUUCCUUUGCCAGGUUCCUCGCAGCGGCGUGCCCUGGGGUCGCGAAGACACAGCACGAACGCGAACAUGGUUCGGUGUGGGAGGUGGUGGUCAGGGUGGUGUCUUCCGACGAUCGCAUUGCUGGAAGAAAGCUCAAGAGUGGGCAGCCAACGACACUCUCCUCAAUGCCGCGAUGCAAGAACUCGAUGUGAAUGCCGCCCCACUGCCAGCACCACCUGGGCUUCUGGACCCGUCGGCCGCUACUGCUCGAUCUCGAUCAGGCAGCCCAGUCUCCGAUAACAGGCGACAGAGUGUCAUGAUGCUUGGCCUCGAAGCCCUGCCUCUACCUCCUGGCAUCGCGCCCCCAACUGCCGCUUCUUCAUCGAGGCCAGCAUCGAGCAGCGAUCCCAGCAAGACUUUUGACGCGAUUCUUGGAACCAGCGCCACGCCUCCUUCCAAGGACAAGAAGAAGAAGAGAUGA